CGGCAUUCAUUCUGAAAACUAAUUUUUGCAUCAUAGUAAGUAAAAUAAACAAAAUUCUUCAGCCACUAGUAUGUCAAUCUGUGAGCCCACCAUAAGAAAAGACAGGUAGAUAUUUUCUUUCACAAGCACACAAGGAUGUUGGAUUCCAACACAUUCCAUUAUUAACAAAAAUCACUUUGUGAAUGAAUCUCUCUCUCUCUUCUUCCUCCACCCCCUCUCUUUUCUUCCUAGUAACCGAAAGGGAAUUAUGAGGUCAUCUUAUAAUUCUACCAUGAACGCCUAUCUAUAUGCUUGCAGAGCGACAAGAUCAAAUCCAACAAUUUGUUUUCGUCAUAGCAGCAUUCGCUUUAGAAAGGCCGAAGGCAACAAAAAUAACGCCAGAGAUUGUGGUCGCUUGAUGAGGAUUCGCGAGCAUCAGAACAAUGGAAGCCUCCGCAAUACUCAAAGAAAACUCUCGUUGUUCGUAAUGGCGACAGAUGAAGAGAACGAUAACGAUGACGGUGGUGGCGAUGGUGGUCGAUCAUUGAAUGAUCAACAACCAGAGAAGAAGAGGGGGACUAUUGUUGGUGCAGUUUCCUUGAUUGUUGGAACCAGCAUUGGCUCUGGGAUCCUUGCUCUCCCUGACAAAACUUCACCUGCGGGUUUCAUUCCCAGUGCAGUAGCCAUCACUCUAUGUUGGUUAGUCCUCGUGAUCGAAGCUCUGCUACUCGUUGAAAUCAAUGUGCAUUUGAUGAACAGGUGGGAGAAAGAUGAGAAGAAACAACAAUAUAGCAAUGAGACAGAAGUUGUAUCAUUGAAAACGAUGGCACAGGAGACUCUAGGAGAGUGGGGUGGUAACCUAGCAAGUGUCACCUAUAUUUUCUUAGCCUACGCUUCCAUGGUUGCAUACAUAACAAAGUCUGGUGAUGUUCUUUCUCAGCUUAUCAAUGUUGAUAAUCCAACUAUAUCAGGAAUCAUCUUCACCCUUGCCUUGGCACUUCUCAUAUCGCUUGGUGGUACUGAUACAACUGAUCGAGUGAACCGAUGGUUGACAGUCUCAAUGAUAGGUAUACUUUUGUUAAUUGAGGUCAUGGUGCUUUCUUUUGGUGGUUGGUCGGAUUCAAUGACAAUAGCCAAUUGGAGAGAGGUUCCACAAACGAUUCCAGUGAUCAUAUUCUCACUUGUAUACCAUGACAUCACCCCUGUUAUUUGUGCAUAUCUUGGUGGUGAUCUUCUGCGAAUCAGAAUUUCUAUAUGGUUGGGUAGCCUUGUACCACUCUUAUCGUUACUUAUUUGGGAUGGUAUUGCACUUAAUCUCUCCCCCAAUCUGGAUGGGAUUGAUCCCUUGAACUUUCUUAUGAGCAGAAGAUGGAGCGAUAUGUUUCCGAUUGUAGAUGUGUUCUCACUUUUAGCAGUGGGGACAUCCUUAAUUGGAACACUCUUGGGAUUUUCUCAGUUCUUUAAGGAGCAACUGGCCAACUACUUUCAUUCUCUUCCCUCAAAAACCGGAAAGUUGAAAGGAGAAUUUAUGGAUGAUCAAGUUCAGAUCAAACAGGAAAAUGGAAGAAGUUGGUUGGAAGGCAAAACACUUGCUAUUUUGGCAACAUCAAUGGCAGUUUUUCCAUCAAUGUUCAUCUCAGAAAUUACUCCAGAUGCAUUUUCGGUAGCAACUGAUGUUGCUGGUGGUUAUUGUAUGACAAUACUGUAUGGAGUGCUUCCACCUGCAAUGGCUUGGGCUAUGCAAACUACAGUUGCUGAGAGCAACAAAGCUAAAGUUAUACAAGUGAACGUGGAUCGUACUGCUUUAUGUAAUGUUAAGCCUAUUCUAAUUGUGGCAGGACUUCUCUCUUGUGGGAUUGUAAUGGAACAAGUGGUUCUGGAUCUCGUUCUCAUCCUUCAAUGAGCUUCUUUAGAACAUCAAAAAAAAUGCAAAGCUAAGCUUAAAUAUUUAUAAUAGUUUGUCCUCAUUUACAUUAGUAUGUUUUUUUUUUCAAUUUUUGGUAGACUCCUUCAAACUUCAGUUUUCAAGGAGCAAGCCGAGAGGAAGAGAAAAUUGCAACAGGAUAUCAUUUCCAUUUGUCAUCAUUGAUGCAAUUAAUGAAGGAUGUUUAACAAGGGA